GCUUCCCUCGAGUCUUCAGGCCACUUAUCCAUACUGUCGAACUUUCAAUCCUUCGACGAACUUUGGCAAAAAUGCGCUUCAUCCUCACACCGCUCUUGCUGCUCCUCACCCUCGCAACGAUCGCAUCUGGGCUUCUAGUUCGAAGUGCCCUGCCCUCGCCUUCCGCUAAAAGUCUGCCCUCGCCUUCUAGUAAAGCAGGAGGCCGUCGUAACGCCCUACCUCAAUCUCCUCGUCAACGCUUCGCCCGUCAAUCUGAAGCCACGGAAUUGGAGAUUAGAAAUCAACUUGGGGCAGCGAAGCGUAACAAGAGGUCGGUUCAGGCCUAG